AUGGCCAAAAGAGGAAGAACAUUCAAUGGAUGCUGGACAUGUAGAUCAAGAAAAGUGAAAUGUGAUUUAACAAAACCUCAAUGUAUAAGGUGUGUCAAGCUGAAAAGAGAAUGUUUAGGUUAUGGUAUAAGAUUAGGUUGGUCAUCACCAAUUACUAUUGGACCUGAUUCAAAAAUGACAAGUAUUAAAACUGAAGAUGGAGAAUUAGAAUCUUUUCAAAGAAGAAGUAUCGAAUUGAUGAAAUUUCCUGAACAAAUGUAUUAUGCUACUUAUUCUGAAUUGAAUGAAAUAUUGGAUGAAAUCGAAAAUUCUGUCACUUUAAAAGGUAAAGCUCAAAAGGGACCGUUUAGGUGCUUUGACUUAGCAAAUUCGAAUAAAAGAAGGAAACUAUCUGAUACAGAAAAGGUGACGAAAAUGGAUCACGAGGAGUCUUCGUCAACUCCAUCGAGACUUGAGACUCCAACGAACAACGAUGAUAUUUUUUCAGAAACCAAUAACUCAUACGUUCAUCAAGACUUGAUAAACUUUGCCAAAUUAACAAUACUUGCAAUUAAAGGUCCAGAUUACAAAUUUAACGAUCAAAAUAUGCUACACAUCUUGUACCCGAAAUUUUAUCCAAAUACAGAUUCAGAUGAUGAUUGGGUUGCAAAUGCUAAGAUGGUUAACAACAAAUUGUAUACAAAAGCGAACUCAGAGUUGAAACUUCAUCAAUUAUUAAAACAUCUCAUAAACAAUUUUACAGUGGACUCAACAACAUUGAAUAGGGUUGGACUACCUGUUACUUAUUUUGAGGUUUUGUUUAUUUCAUAUAUAAAACAAAUUGUAAGUACAUUUUUUUGUUGGGAUUUCACUGAAUGGAACGUUAUAGACCUACAGGCUAUGGAUGAAUUAAAUGAUCAACAAAUUUUACAUAGUAUAAAACUAUGUGUUAUUUAUUUGACAUUAGGAUUAAGUGCUUUUAAGCUCUCAAAAACUAAAGAAUUAAAAAAUUUGGAUAAUAAUCAAUCAAUGGAUGAAUUUUUGAAGAUUAGUAUUGAGUUAAGAAAGUUGAGUAUUAAACUUUUGAAUUUUCAUUUGGAUGAAUCUGAUACAAUAUCAGAAAAAACUAGUCUCAACAGUGCAAUGAUCGACAAUAAUUACGAUACACUACUUUUGACUGCAUUGAUUUUACAAAUUGAAUUAGAUGGGAUGUUUUCUGUUUUUGAAAAUCUUGAUUUGAUUUAUGCAAUUGGCGAUUUUGUAAUUAAGAAUAAAUUAAUCAAUUCAACUAGGCUCACUACAAUAAACAAAUUUUUAAUCAACAUUUUUAAGAUUAAGUAUUUUAUCUACGAGAGUACUCAAGCUAUCAACGUGUUCAACUACCAAAUAGAUGAAAAUCAAAAGGAUUAUAGCGAUUUGAAAGAUGAUUAUAAUUUGAUAAAUGGAUCUCAAUCUGAGGACGAGAAUGAUGAUGAGGAGGAGGAAGAAGAAGAGGAGGAAGAAGAAGAUAAUGAAGAAACAGAAGACGAAGAAGUAGAAGUAGUCAGAGAGAAAGAAAUCGAACAGAAGAAUGGUGCUACUCCUUACACCAAUUCAACACCAAGUUACAACUUCAACUCAAAAUUUAAGCCGACUAUAGAAAAUUUAGUAUCAACAGAAGACGCAUACGUUCCAACAGACUAUACGAUCAAUUUCAAUAAAAAUCAAAAAUAUAAUGCAGCUUACGAGCUUACCAGCGAAAAUACUACUGUUACGCCUAAUUCAAAAUUUUCGCCUCAAGUGAAUACAAUUUUUACGGCCAAGCUUGACAUUGAUUUAAUAUACUUGAUGUUUGGUAUACCACAAGACUUAUUGAAUCUAUUCCAUGAAACUAUUCAUCUAGCGAAUCAUAAAAACAUAUUCAACUUAAAGAAACAGUUUCCUAGAAAUUUUCCAAAAUUAUGUACUGACUUGGAAGAUAAAUUAAUAAACUGGAAUUAUACCAAACUGAAUUGGAAAUUAGAUCCUACCGAUAUGUUUCAAAAUUUUUUGAUUAAUUACAUCUCAUCCUUUCAUCAAGCUGUUAUUAUAUUUCACAAUAAAUUGAUGAAGAAGUCGUUCGAUACUGCUCAACAUCAACUAGUUAUAGAGAGAAGCUUAAACUACUUAAUAAAAGCAAUGCAUGGUGCUAAAAUGCUCAAUUUAAAUUUUCAGCCAAUGUUUUGGAAUUUAUUAAUUUGUGGGUCAGUAGCUAUUGAUCACAACCUACAAGACAAAAUAAAAUUUAUUUGGUCAAGUGAAUUUUAUACAAAGCAAUCAAACUAUUGGAGAUCUAAACAGAUCCUAUAUGAAAUAUGGCAAAGAAGAAAUAACAAUGAAUACGAAGAAAAUGAUUUAGGAUUUAUGAAUAUGAUUAGAGAAUGGGAUAUAUUUUUGAGUCUAGGUUGA